CUUUUAAAAUCCCCUCCAAUUCCAUUCAUUAAUCAUCCAUUCCGUUCAUCCCUUUUCCCUCUCUUGUCCUAGAAACUUCUUCUCAUCUCAAUUCUCAUCCAUGGCGUCCGAUCUCGUAACUAAAGCUAAAGAAGCAUUCAUCGACGACCACUUUGAGCUCGCCGUUGACCUCUACUCUCAAGCCAUUGCUAUUACUCCUAAUAAUGCCGAGCUUUUUGCUGACCGUGCUCAGGCCAAUAUCAAACUCCGUAACUUCACGGAAGCUGUUGCUGAUACAAACAAGGCGAUUGAGUUAGAUCCGUCAAUGGCAAAAGCAUGUAUGCGCAAGGGUUUGGCCAGUAUGAAGCUUAAAGAGUACCAAACUGCAAAGGCAACUCUGGAAACUGGUGCUUCUUUAGCACCAGGAGAAUCAAGAUUCACUAGGUUAAUCAAAGAAUGUGAUGAACACAUUGCAAAGGAAGCUGAAAAAUUGCCUAAGCAUGCAACAGUUGAGACCACAGAAAGUGUUGUCCCUCCCACUGAAUCAAAGUCAUUAGAUAAUGUUGCUGCUGUUCCAAAAGAGACUCAACUGGCUUUCAACUUAUCAUAUGAAGGAACACCUGCUGUCAAACCGAAGUACAGGCAUGAAUUCUAUCAGAAACCGGAGGAGGCGGUGGUAACUAUAUUUGCCAAGGGCAUACCUGCCGAGAAUGUUUCAGUUGACUUUGGCGAACAAAUACUUAGUGUUAGCAUUGAUAUACCUGGCGAAGCUGCAUACUCUUUCCAGCCUAGGUUGUUCGGUAAGAUAAUACCUCAAAAAUGCAAAUAUGAAGUUAUGUCUACAAAAAUUGAGAUUCGACUUGCUAAAGCUGAAUCUAUACACUGGACAUGCCUCAAGUAUACUGGGGAAACUGCUGUAGUACAGAGGCCAAGUGUGUCAUCAGACAGCCAUAAGCUUAGCUACCCUUCCUCUAAUAUGAGAUGCAAGGAUUGGGAUAAACUAGAGGCUCAAGUGAAAAAAGAGGAAAAAGACGAAAAAUUGGAGGGAGAUGCAGCACUGAACAAGUUUUUCCGAGAUAUUUACAAAGAUGGCGAUGAUGAUGCAAGAAGAGCCAUGAUGAAAUCAUUUGUGGAAUCUAAUGGGACUGUUCUGUCCACAAACUGGAACGAGGUUGGUACAAAGAAGGUGGAAGGAAGCCCUCCAGAUGGCAUGGAGCUGAAGCAAUGGGAACACUAGGAAAUCCAGUGACUAUUUUCUUAUUUUCCGUUUUGCUCUUCAUUCUUGGUACUGGGUUGUCGUAGAAUUUGUCCAUAAUUUCUAGUGUAAGAUGGGCUAAUAGAAAUUUUGAUCUAUGGGAUAUGGCAAUUUCCUUGUGAACUUCCCAGUUCGCCACAUUAA